UCACCCGUUGCGUUCCUGGUUCCUCCCACUGAGAGCCAACACUAGCACGAGCUUAGAAAGACGUCUGCGUUCAUAAACGCGUGCCCUAACUUCUGGAUUUGGAAGGUUUACAUCGUUCAGCAGGUGGUUUACAGGCGUUGUUGGUGUUGACCAAAUUUACCCGCUGAAGAAAGUCGGCAGAGUAUCUGGAACAAAAUGCCUCAUCGAAAGAAGAAAUCCUUCAUCGAAAAGAAGAAAGCUGUGACCUUCCACCUCGUCCACAGAAGUCAGCGGGACCCUCUGGCUGCAGAUGAGAAGGCUCCUCAGCAUGUCCUCCUGCCCGCUGCAAAGGUGGAUGCAGAGAAGAGGCUUGAAGAGCAGAGAAAAUUUGGUGUUUUCUUCGACGAUAAUUACGACUACCUGCAGCACCUGAAGGAGGCGUCAGGCCCCUCGGAGCUGGUGGCGACCGCACCCUCGUUCUUUGACGGAGGAUCCUCUGAUUUCAGAGACGAAGAAGAGGAAAACCAGGUGGAAACCGUGAGCGAGCACACUCCCGAAGCUACAAUCCACCUGCCGUCUUCAGUGUUUGCCUCAGAGUUUGAAGAAGAUGUUGGACUUCUGAACAAAGCUGCUCCUGUUUCAGGACCCCGACUGGACAUGGAUCCUGAUAUUGUAGCUGCUUUAGAUGAAGACUUUGACUAUGACGACCCCGACAACAUGCUGGAGGAUGAUUUCAUCCUCAAAGCCAACUGUGCAGCUGGAGCUUUGGAGACAGAAGGACACUUGGAUGACGACGAUGACGAGUGGGAGGACACGGACGAGGAAGGCGACUUUGACUCGGAGGGGGGGUUUUCAGGCGACGAGCACAUGGAGGGGGACGGUCACGGCCGAGAGUUUCUGUUCAUGGACGAGGAGACAAAGAGUCGCUUCACAGAGUACUCGCUGACUUCCUCUGUGAUGAGGAGGAACGAGCAGCUGAGCCUGCUGGACGACCGCUUUGAAAAGUUUUAUGAACAGUUUGAUGAUGACGAGAUCGGAGCUCUGGACAACGCCGAGCUGGAGGGCUUCAUUAACCCUGACAGCGCCCGCCUGGAGGAAGUCAUCAAGGACUACUUCAAACAAAAAGAGAAAGACUCCCUGAGGCCUGAAGAUUUGGGUCCCAAAGAACUUACUGUUGUAAAGGAGGAGGAGGAAGAUGAGGAGGAAGAAGAGAUGGAGACGGUUGUCAUAGAGGCUUCUCAGGAGAAGUGGGACUGUGAAACCAUCAUCAGUACAUACUCCAACUUGUACAACAGACCUAAAGUCAUUGAAGAACCAUCAAAGCCAAAGCCGAUCCGCGUGUCCAACAGAACCGGCAUCCCUCUGGACGUCCUUCCCUCCAGGGGCCUCACAGCCAAACAAGCGGAGCGCAUGACGAGAAUCAACGACUCUGAUCUGCCGCGCGUGUCAGCACAGGCCCGAACCAAAGAGGAGAGCAAGGAGGAGAGGAAGGCCAGGAAGCAGGCCAUCAAGGAAGAGCGGAAGGAAAGGCGAGUGGAGAAGAAAGCCAACAAGGUGGCAUUCAAGGAGGAGAAAGCACGACAGGAGAAGCAAAUGUUGAACUUAAGAACAAACAUUCAGGGCCUGAAGCUUUAGUUGCUGAACGCUGGUGUUCUGCACAAGCUUUUCAUCCAAUGCUUUCAGUGGAAACGUUCCUCAAAGAAAAACUGAAGACCUCAACUAAAAGGAUGACGUUGACCCAUGGAGAACUCCAGGAAGUUCCACUUUGGACCUUUUUAAAACAAAGAAACAACAAAAAACCUGACUGGUUGACUAAAUAAAGCGGGUUCCACAGGAGGGACACGUGUUUUAUCUGUAUCAAUAACAGGAUUACUUUCAGAACAUUAAUCAAGUUAUAUUGAGCUGAACAACCACCAAGUGUGUUGUAUGUCUUUAUUAAAAACAUGAGCUAAAA